AUGUCAUAUAUCGUUGUUUAUUUGCUUAUUGCUGUUGGAUAUGUUAUUGGUGCACCAAUUUUAGAAGAAUCUCUUCAAUAUCGUUUAAUUAAAUGUAUUCCAAUUGAAAAUGAAACAUUAUCCUUGAAUAUUCUUGAAUUAUAUAAUAUUAAUGAAACAUGUAUUAAAGUAAAUAAAUCAUCAUCAUAUGGUGAUGAACUUUAUUUAUAUAUAAUACCAGAAAAUGAUACAUCUAUUCAAAUUCAAAUAACAGCUGAUGAUUGUUCAUCACCACUUGCAAAUAUUUAUUUAACAUUAUGUAAUAAUGAAAUUGAUUAUAAUUAUACUGAAGUUAUGAUUACUUAUACAUAUUCAAAUAUAAAUUCUACUCAUAAGAUAGAUGACAAUGAAAAUAUCUCAACAAGUCAAUCAAUAGUUUCAAUCGAUUCAACUAAUCCAACAGUUUAUGAAACUUUACAUUAUAUCAAUCACGAUUCCGAUCAAGAUGAAAAUAAUACAACUGAUAGACCAACAUCAUAUAUCGAUAAUAAAUAUCAUCAGACAGAUAUUUUAUAUGAAGAUAUUGAUUAA